AUGGCUCCGACCUUCCUCAAGAGUUUGCGCCGCCGAUCGAGGGCCAGUUUCCGUACCAGCCGCUCAACCGACAACUCAAGCGAUGGCGCUGCGAGCCAAGUAACAUCGCCUUCAAGCGGUUCUUUAACACCACCCUCGAUUGAUCACCAGUCAGACCCUGCACUUCAUCUGCAGGUCAAAGACCAGCCACUUCAGCGUCGACAAUCUCAAAUCAUUCAAGGCCAGAGCCAGGGCCAGAGCCAACAAAACAACCAACUGCGACCGCCGCUAACGUCCGGCUCAAACCGCAACAGUGUGUCUGGAAUGUCAGGUCUUGGUGCGCCUUCCAUCAAUGGAAGACAGGCACCUCCGGUGUCACCGUAUGCUCCAAGAUUGAUAAACAUAACCGAUAAUGCAUGGGUUUAUCAAAAGGUUCUUCUUGUUUACGGCACAAUCGGCAACCCUGCUGAAAAUGCUCUCGACGGGACUGUUAACGUUUGCCGACUCGACGACAACUUCCCCGCGAUUAGUUGGCCCGUAUGCAACUCACACUUCAAGGCAUUGGUAUACCUUCAAUCAGGUCCGAACAAAUUGCGCUUCGAGUUUUUGAGUCCUAAGCUUGCAAACAGCAACUCGUCUAACCCGAUCCACGCCUCGUACAUAACCGUCCACAUGCUGCCGGCAAUCAACUCACCACCAUUGCAGCUCGCUAUACUCGUCGCAAAAGACUCCCCGGAAACCUUCGAUGCCUCGCCUGCCCGCGCCGAGAAGGAAGGCAAUGGAUUGGAUACCGCUGUGAAGAAAUUCAGGAUGGCGGCAUACUUGUGGCAGGCGUUCACCUCGGAGCAGAUGUGGCGCAACAAGCUUGGGCGCCGAGCAUUCCGGUUUGAUGAGGAUUGGACGACAGGUUCGGCCAACUAUCGUGACCAAGAGAACGGUACCAUGCGCUCCGAAGCCAGGGUACACAUCAUUCGGUCGGACAAGACCGUUGCUGAGAUCAGAGACCUCAAUAAGGCCCAGCAAAACGAAAAGGCGACUGAAAAAGGCGCCCUUUAUGGAAUCGCUUCGGAGGCUAUCAAAAACCACUUCAAGCCACUUCCAGGACAGAAGCUCUAUGUUUCUUGUCUCCUUUUAGACGCUCAUUGGGAUAACGAUGCCAAGACCGUAACUGGACACGCCGCUCUUGGUGGAGGAGAUGGGGGCUUGCAACUGGCAAUCUUUGGAUCACAUUGCCUUCACAGUUACCCUAGCACUUUUGAAGAAGUGGUGCCCGCUUUCACCGAUUGCACUCCAACCGACACCAAGCAUGUGGCUAACGACUGCAACGAAGCGGGCAGUUCCUGGGAAGCUGCCAACAUCGGUAUCGGCGCUCAUAUGCACGAAACUGGGCAUUUGUUCGGAUGCCCCCAUCAAGAAAGUGGUAUCAUGCUACGGGAUUACGUGGUACUCAACCGUACCUUUGUGGCCCGCGAAGCCUAUUGUACAAGGACCAAAUCCAAGGGUGGCCUGGCGCUGCAGGGUGAUGAAUGUGGAUGGCAUCGCCUUGACUGCCUUCGCUUUCGAGCUCAUCCAGCUUUCCGUCUUCCUACAGAUUCUUCUAUCAACUCCGAUAGUAGCGUCCAGGCCUUCCCCGUUGAGAAUGGCAAUAUACUUGUCAUGGCCGCUACUGGCAUCUUUUUCGUCGAGAUCUUCGCCGAUGGUGAUGAUGUCUGUCAUGCGUGGAUCGAGUAUCUCUCAGAGCAAGGAGCACCUUCUCGACAAAUCACGCUUAGCGAAAGCGAGCUGCGAGGUCGAUUGCCCGAGAAGAAGAGGAAAGGGCCUAUUAAAAUCUCUGUCAAGUCCUACGGAGGUGGAUCGCUUGAUAUUGACGAUUACAAGAAGUUUACUUCGAAGGAAUCGCAAGUCAAGCUAUCGAAUGGGAAAAACAGCUUCCGGAGUCAGAAGCUGGGAAGUUCUGAGAUGGAUGGAAGCCAGCCUACGGAAAUUGUUUUUCCAAGUGCUUCCAAGCAAGAUCGGGUUGUCUCUCGCGUGGUUGUUUAUCACGGAAUGGCUGUUGAUGGAAUGGAAUUCUUCUACGAUGAUGGUUCCCAAGAUUCAUUUGGAAAGAAAGGCGGCAAAGAUGGCGGAGAUACCUUCGAAUUUGAUGUCCGCCGUGGUGAAUACAUUAGCGGUUUUGUUGUGCGGUCUGGUUUCUGGAUUGAUGGUAUACAAAUUUUGACGAGUUUGGGUCGCAAGUCGCCUAUCUACGGCAAUGCUCAUGGAGGAGAUUCGCACACUUUAAUACCCCCUCGAGGAUACAUCAUAUGUGGUGUUUCUGGCUCAUGCGGCCAGUGGCUCGAUGGUUUCUCGGUCCUUAUCACACGAUGA